GGGAAGGACUGAAAUUUAACAUCAACAUGCAUGCAACACAAGUCAAACUAGCAAAACUCUCAACGCCAAGUCCAGGCUUUGUGAUGCUUAUAGAUUCUUGUGUAUAAAUAGGGAAGGCUUCUGUGGUACAUCUUUGUAGUGCAGCAUACCGACAGCAAACCUAAGAGAGAGUAACAGAGAGAGAAGAUGAAGAGUAGCUUAGUUCUGCUGUUGUUGUUCUGUGUUGCAUUAGUGUAUCAAGUAGGAGUUUGCUGUGGAGGGGGAUUAAGAAAAAACUUUUACAAGGAUACUUGUCCUCAAGCUGAGGGUAUUGUAAGGAGUAUCAUUUGGAAACGUGUCUCUGCCAAUUCGACAUUGCCUGCAAAGCUUUUAAGGAUGCAUUUUCACGACUGUUUUGUCAGGGGCUGUGAUGCAUCCGUAUUGCUGGAUUCCACACCCAAGAACUCAGCUGAAAAGGCAGCAAUUCCAAACCUGUCUCUAGGAGGUUUCGAUGUCAUAGAUGAGGUGAAGAGCAAGCUAGAGACGACAUGCCCUGGAGUUGUCUCUUGUGCAGAUAUUGUUGCUCUAGCUGCUAGAGAUUCUGUUUCCUUCCAAUUUAAAAAGCCAAUUUGGGAAGUGCUAACUGGUAGAAGAGAUGGAUUAAUUUCCAGAGCAUCGGAGGCUCUAGCGGAUAUCCCUUCACCUUUCUUUAAUUUUUCCCUUCUCAAACAGUCUUUUGCCAACAAAAGCUUAACGGUCCAUGACCUUGUCGUUUUAUCAGGUGGACACACCAUUGGUGUAGGACAUUGCAACUUCUUCAGCAAUAGGCUAUACAAUUUUACAGGAAAAGGUGAUGCAGAUCCUUCACUUAAUUCAAAAUAUGCUGCUUUCUUAAAAACUCAAUGCCGAAGCCUAGCAGAUAACACAACCGUAGUGCCAAUGGACCCUUUGACCCCCUUAUCUUUUGACACCAAUUACUAUAAGAUCCUGAAGCUGAGGGAAGGCCUUUUCCAAUCUGAUGCUGCACUACUUACUGACAAGGGCUCAAGCGAUAUCAUUGACGAGUUGCUUGAUUCAGGCAAGUUCUUCACCGAGUUUGCACAAUCCAUGAAGAGGAUGGGAGCAAUUGACGUGCUCACUGGGAGUGCUGGAGAAAUUAGGAAGAAAUGUAAUGUGGUGAAUUCUUGAGCAGUCGAGAGAAAAAGAUUAAAAAUGUAUGAUUUGUGCGUUUUAUCUGAUCUGAGUUUUCAUGAAACAUAUUUGAAUACUUCGUUAAAA